AUGGGAAAGCUUUUGGUUAACACUCUCGGCCUUGGGGGUAUAGGCAUUGCAUCAUAUUUUUGGGGCAAAAGCUCAGUACCUAAUACACAGCUUCCCCUGCCACCCGCGAGUCCCAAUUCCAGUUCCUCCAAUUUACCAGCGCCUUAUAAAGGUGGUAGAGAAGUAGGCAAUUUUGACCCUGCAAGCAUUAGGCCGCAAGAUUUCUACAAAUAUGGGUUUCCUGGACCAAUUCAUGACUUGGAAAAUCGCCAGGAAUUUAUCAGCUGCUAUAACAGAGCUACAAGAAACCCAUAUUGGGUCAUCGAACACAUCACCAAAGACUCGAUUAAGUCUGUUGAUGGAGUGAAUAGAAAGCGGUCGAUUUUCAAAGAAGACGAGAACAUCCCAUUCAAGUUUCGGAACAAAUUGAGAGAUUUUUUCAGAAGUGGGUACGAUCGAGGACACCAGGCCCCAGCAGCGGAUGCCAAAUACUCCCAAAAUGCCAUGGAUGAAACCUUUUACCUCAGCAACAUAUCACCACAAGUCGGAGACGGGUUUAACCGGGAUUACUGGGCACAUUUCGAAGAUUUUACCAGAAGACUUACUCAACGUUACGAUAACGUUCGCAUAAUGACUGGUCCCUUAUUUUUGCCAAAGCAAGAUGAAGAUGGUAAAUUCAGAGUCACAUACGAGGUCAUCGGCUCACCUCCUAAUAUUGCAGUGCCAACUCAUUUCUUCAAGCUUGUUGUUUGCGAAAAUGAAAAGGACCCAAACAUUCGCGUUGGAGCAUUUGUUCUACCUAACACCCCCAUAGAUAACUCGGAACCGCUUACGAAGUUUCAGGUGCCUGUUGAAGCACUUGAAAGAGCCAGUGGGCUUGAUCUCUUGCACAAGAUUCCACCAUUUCAACAAAAGGACUUAUGCCGUGAGACCAAGUGUGAAAUCAUUGUCAGAGAAUUUCCUCCCCGGAACGAAGUACCAGCUUUACCAGGGAAGUAA